UUGAUCAGCAUGUACAGUUACAUUUUUCUGAUGUUUUUGAUUAUAAUCAUACGUUGUUCAUAUAUCUACUGUGGUUCAUGUCACAUAACAGGUAAAGGCCAAUGCAAAGAAGCCGACUGUUCUUCGAGGAAACUUUCAAAUGUGCCAAAGGAUUUACCAGAUGAUAUAAUAAAACUAGAUCUGAGACGAAAUUUAAUCGUCAAGUUAACAGCAAAAGCGUUCAUUAGUUAUCAGAAUUUGCAGAUAUUAAUUCUUGAUGAAAAUAGGAUUUCUUAUUUAAAAGAAAAUACGUUCGCAGGGCUUGAAAAAUUAAAUACGCUGUCAUUGUUUGGUAACAAUCUCGAUCUGAAUGCAUCGUAUCACAUGAAUAUAUUUUCGCCACUCGUGUCCUUGAAAACUCUAAAUAUCGCGAAAAAUAUGAACAAAAUAAACGGAGAGAAAGUGUUUUAUCCGAUCCUUUCUGAACUGCAUAAUCUAUUCAUUUUGGAAGUGGACUUAUCAAAAAAUCCAGUAUUUAAGAUGAGUGGUUUAAAUAAUCUAACAAGGUUGAAUACUCUGAUGUUUGACUUUUGUUAUCUGGAUAAAAUGACCAAUAACACUUUUUUGGACAUGCCAGCAACAAUUGUGGACAUAACGUUCAUCGGAUGUACGAUAAACUCUGUGGCAGAUGCUAACUUCCUUAGACCGUUUCCUUCUUUGCGCAGUCUUCAGUUGAAACGAGUAUGCGUUGAUUACGACUCUGCAUUGAAAAUUUUAUAUCCGUUCGAAAACAAAACAAUGAAUGAGAUUAAAUUUGAAGAGGUUAAUCCAGGAUAUUGUGAUGGAUCAGUCAGAUCUCCAUAUGCUGUCAUUGUUACUGCUAAUAUGAUGAAAUAUUUACAAAAUAUUUGUGUACGAAAAUUAUCGAUGAUAAAAAAUGGUAUUGUGGACUUCAAACCAAAUUCACUUUUAUUUUACCAUCAUCCGGAAUGUUUUAAAGAAAUAGAGUUUUCUGGAAAUAGAUUUUCAAUAAUGAACGGAUUCAAAAUAAAAGAGUUGAUUAUUCUGAUUACACAAGUAUCUAAUCUUUCCAAAUUUCAGUUAUCCGGUCUCUUGGGAAGCAUCGCAUAUUCAGAAAACGGUUUCAACCAAAACCCACUUUUUAACAAACAUAGAAUAUACCCAACUGAAGUAACAGUUCCGUUUCCUCAAAAUUUGAAAAAGCUGGUUUUGCGCAAUUUUGUAGGAUUUCAAGAGACUAUACCACAAAUACCAAUCCGUUUUAUGAAUAUCAGCAGUUUGAGUUUUCUUGAUCUGUCCAAUUUUCGAAUGAAGUAUUUUCCUGAAGUUUUGUUCAAUGGUAAAAAUAAUUUAAGAUAUACUGAUCUUUCAGGCAUUGAUUCUACUUUGUAUUCAGGAAGAAAAAGCAUUCCAUUUCUUCAAAAAACAUAUACUUUGAUAUUAAAACAAGCAAGGCUUGGGCUAACUUUCAAGAGAGGUAAGAAAAUAUUUAACUUGGUACCAUCAGUUACAAAGCUGGACAUUUCAUAUAACCACUUGUGGUUUGUACCAAACGACGCUUUCAACUCUAACAAGAACCUGUGUAUUCUGAAUAUGGGUUACAAUUUGUUUUCUGAAAUACCAAUAGCAGUCAUGACAUUGUCGAAGUUAAGUCAUCUUACUUUGGUACAUAAUUCACUUCAAACAAUAAAUUCAACAUUUAGAGAUUGGUUUGAUAUGCAGAAUAAACGAUUGAAAACAAAACUAAGAUUGAAUUUAGUUGGAAAUGUUUUUAAAUGCACUUGCGAAAAUUCUGAUUUUAUUUUGUGGCUUUUUCAUACAAAGAUUAUAUUUGACAGUAAGACCAUUACAUUUAAAUGUUCAUUGGUAAAUGGAACCAUAACAAAUACAAGAAGAGUUUAUGAAGAAUUUCAUCAACUUUUUAGUGAUUGUAAAAGUGAAAUUUGGCUUCGUGUUGGAGUUUGUUUGUUAGUUGGAUUCAUCGCAUUUACUUUACCAAUUGCAAUUCUAGUUAACUUUAGGUGGCGAAUAGCCUAUUGUAUAUACCGUACAUUCAAAAUGGUUGUCGAAAAGGAUAUGAAAUCUAAAUUUCGAUAUGAUAUUUAUUUAUCAUGUGCAGAUGAUUGUUUGGGCUGGGUAAAAAACACUUUGAUUCAAAAACUCGAAAAUUCGUGGAAAAUGUCUGUGUGUAUAGAGGAUCGAGAUAUCUUAGCUGGAAAUAUUCGAGCUGAUGCAAUUUUACAAUCUAUCCAGGAAAGCAGAAACAUCAUAUUCAUCAUUUCUGAAGCAUUCAGGGAUAAAAUUUGGGGAGAGUUCGAGAUUCACAGAGCUAAGUACGAAAAAUAUACACGACAUCUUCAUAAAAUCAUUGUUAUAACAAAAAAUGUCAGUGUAGAGAAUUUCCCUUUGGAACUUGGCUUCAUUAUCGAUGAUGUGGUACUCCUUGAUUGGUCAGACGAGGAAAGUGAUAAUGUGUGGGACAAAUUGCGAAUGACGCUUUUUUCAGAAUAUAUAUAAUUGUUUUGUUUUUAUAGUGUAUAUUAAAUUAUAUAUUUCAACAAAUAAUUAUUGGAAACAGUUAAAGACAUGUAUUAAAAUUGUAAAUAUAA